CAGGUGGAACUGAGCUUCAGCACCGGGCAAAUAAUCAACGUCUACGGCGAGAUGGACGACGAUGGGUUCUUCAUGGGCGAAAUCGACGGCGUCAGGGGCUUGGUGCCGUCGAACUUCCUCACGGAGGCGCCCGAUCAGUACGGGGGCAGCCAAACGUCGCAAGGGGCGGCCGGCAGAGGGCAGGUCAGGAGCAUGGGCCCCGGGCCGGGGGCCAGGGGCCCCCCUCCACCGCCCAGGGACGCCCAGAUGCGCAAUCGCAACAAAGAUGCCUGUCCUGUUGUACCUUCUCAAAUAGACAAUAUUCAGAACACAGCGACACCAUCAUCAACACAACUCACCGAGCACAAUCAGCGGUUUCAGGCGAGGGGGAGACAAGGGGUGCUGAGAGUCGGUGGUAACCAGCAACAGAACAUGCAGCAGCAAUCUUUCAACCAACAACAACAGCAGCAGCAAUACCAACAGCAGCAGCAAUACAACCAGCAACAGCAAAACCCAGGCAACUUCCAAGCCCAACAAACCACCACGACGCAGUCUACGAUGGGCGGCUUGUUCUCCAGCUUGACGGGCGUCGGUCAGCAAAGCAAUCAGCAGAAUCAGCAGAAUCAGCAGAAUCAGCAAGGGGUGUUCCAGAAUAGGAUGCAGCAUAAAGGAGUGCCGCAGGUGAUACCGAACGUCAUGUCAGGAGGUGGGGGGCAAAUGAAUCAGCCGAUGAAUCAGCAGAAUCAGCAGAACCCCAACAUGCCCGGCAUGGCGGGGGGCCCAAAUCUCAUGCAGAAGCUGAACGAGAUCACAGCUCCAGGUGGGGAUAUCCUGAGCAAGGGUAAAGAGCUGAUCUUCAUGAAAUUCGGGUUGGGCGGGAAAUAACCUUAUUUUUACUUCCGUUAUGUUGUCGUUUGAGUACCGCUGUUUUUGAGACUACGGGCCGCGAUGCGCGGAUGUUCAGAGAGCUGACUUCAUUGAAGAUCAUCUCUCUAAGUAAAAUAAUUGACAAUACACUUUAAAUUAAUCAAGUAUGCGUGAUAUAACUCGAUUUUUCUGCGCAUCGUGGUCUCACAUCAGGUACUAUGCUCCACACCUCAAAGUCCCACCACGUGACCACGUACGGAACGCAGUCUUUUGAAAAUUUGGCAUUUAAGGCUUUUCAGGUUAUGUACCUGUCAAAGUAUAGUCAACGAAAGAUGUAUAAGCGUUAAAAGUUAAUCAAUCUUUAUACUAUCAGAAUAACAAUGGUUGGUUUAAGAAUUUAUCUGUAUCAAAGGUAGGUUAAUGUAUUAGAACAAAAAAUAUCUAAUUUUGUAUUUUAAGGUUAGAAAAAUCUAUUUUGACCAAAAUAAAUAAGUGGAUUAUUUGGAAGAGUGUGUUAAUAUGGUCAUAAAUAAAUAUACUAGGUAUACUUAAUAAUUGUUGAAUAUAGUUCAAAUUAAAUUGAAUCUUUCAUACUUCUAAUGACAAAACUUGUGCAUACCUCUCGGCAUACCUACUUUAAGUUAGAUUAUAAAAAAACAAACAAUUUUUAGAGAAACUUGCAAUGUGAAAAUAUUUAAUACUCCCAUGACAUGUAAUUUAUUAAAAUUUUUAAAGUUAUAAUGAUUUUUCGAUGUAGAUCAAAUUCAGUCGAAGCCUAUUAACUAUUUGUAUUGACAAAACUUAAUGUAGGUACACUUUAAGCUGGAUAAGAAAAUCUACCACAUUUUUAAAUACCAUAUUAUACAGUCUUUUAAAUAAUCCAAAAUUCUUAUUUAUUUUGGUCAAAAUAAAUUUUUCUAACCUUAAAAUUACAAAAUUAGAUGAUAUUUUUGUUAUAAUAUAUUAACCUACCUUUAAUACAGAUAUUCUUAUUCCAUAAUAGAGAAGGUAGAUUUUUUUAAUAAAUGCUGUUUAGUUAAAAUUAUUUUAUGGAGAAUACCAAAUGCACAAAAAUAUUAAUUAUUUGGCACCAUACACUUUAAAAUUUCAUUAAAUGCAGUAUUUAUAUUCUUAAAUUCUUAAACCAUCCAUUGUUAUUGUAAUGUUAUAAAGAUUUAUUCAUUUUUAACGCCUAAAC